AAGCACCUGUCAUACAAGCGUUAGAGAGACCAAGAAAAAUGGCGUAUUACCAACAGAACUACUCGCACUACCAACAACCGAGCCAACACUAUGGCCAGUAUGGACAGGUGUUGCAACAGAACGCUUUCCAGUCUAAUGUCUGGCAGGCAUUUGGCUUUAGUAGCCCUGAUGAACUACAAGUUCUCUUCAAUAGGGCUGUUCACGCAAACCCUCAAAAUGUGCAACGGCAGGCGAUCCAAGCCGAGGACCUUGUUAAGGUGAUGAAUGAAUCGCAACAGAUCCGACAGUUCUUUGGCAUAUGCUGGAGCAGGGAGCUUUGUAAAGUGAUGCUUGCUAUGUUGGAUAGGUCAAAAGAUGGGUUUAUGCAAUGGAAUGAGUUCAUGGAGUUGCAGCAGUGUCUUGUUGCAUGGUUCAACAUGUUUAGAGGCCAUGACGUCGACAGAAACAAUAAGGCCGACGCCAAUGAGCUUCUCACUAUGAUUGCCAACCAGUUCAAGUUUAAGCUGACACCUAAUAGUGCGACUACCUUGUUGAAGCGUUAUUCCUAUGUUGAAAGCAAUGGAGCAUGUGUACUGUCAUUUGACGACUUUGUAACGCUCUGUGUCAAACUUCGUGCCCUUACAGAUGCCUUCCGUCGCCGUGACCAACAACAACACGGGCAGGAGACUGGCAAUGCCACCUUCAAUUAUGAUGAUUUCCUGCAAUGCACGAUGUGUCUUUGACCACAGGUAUGUUGUCAUAACAAUAGUGUAUUAUGUGUCUUUGACCACAGG